AUGGGUAAUGUACUUUGUAAGAUUAAGGAAGUUAAAAAUUCCUUGAUCAAUUCUUUGUUAAAUAGUAUUAAGAAUUUCUUUAAAAGAGGAGAUAAAUUAAAUGAUAAAUUUGAAAAUGAUAGUAAUAAAAAUGUGAAAAUUAAAAAUAAAAAUAAAAAUUACAUAUUCAGAGCAAUAUGUGACAUGAAUAAAUAUGAAAUAACGUUAUUAUCAAUGGCCUUAAUAUUUUUAGCAAUAAAUGCUUAUACUAACCUAAGUUAUCCAAAAAUUAUGGGAGAAUGUAUUGAAUCAGAUAACACGAAAUUUAUGAAAUAUAACUUUCUAAAUAAUAUGCUUCAAAAAACAAUUUUUUUAAAAAAAUUUCAAGUAAAAACAAAUAACAACAUGAAUGCUUUAAUUUAUUAUAUUCCUUAUUUUGCAUGUGGAGGGUUGGCAUCUUAUUUUAGGAUAUAUUUUACAAGUAAAUGUAUCAAAAAUGUAGAAUAUAGAUUAAAGAAAGAAGUUCAUAACAAAAUCAUUAGUGAAAAUGAUGAAGAAUUUAAAAAAUAUAAAUCUUCCGACUAUUUAGUUAACUGUGCAUUUAAUGAAAUAAAAUUUGCCUCAAAAGAAUUAGUCACAUCUAUUACUCAAAUGUUACGAUAUGUUAAUUCUAUUAUUGGAGGUAUGAUUUCAAUGGUCUUAAUUUCUUCAUAUUUAACAAAACUUUGUAUAUUCAUAGUUCCUGCAUAUGGUUUUUUUGUGCUAAUGAUUUUAAAAAAAUUAAAAAAUAUUAGAAUUCAAACUGAUAAUUUUGAUGAAAAACAAAUGGCUCGUUUUUCAGAUAUUUUACAAAAAAAAAAUAUAGUUUCUAUAUUUGGAAACGAAUAUUAUGAAAAAGAAUACUUUUCUAAGAAACUAAAAGCUGUUGAUAAAUUGCAUCAAAAGUAUUUAAAUUGUGAAGCUACGUUUUAUUCAUUUUUAAAUAUUGGUAGUAAUGUUGUUAUAUGCUCCAUAUUGUGUUUUGGUAGAAUGGAACUGAAAAAUAAUAAUAUCACUCAUGGUCAAUUAGUUUCAUUUAUUGCAUAUAGUAGCAUGUUAGGUUUGGGUAUUGUUGGAUUACUUAAGUUAAAAAAAGAUCUUAACAUUCUUCACUUAAGUUUGAAGAAAAUUUAUGAAAUAUUGGAUUUUUCUAAAUCUUACAAAGCAAAUAAUCCUAAUGAUAAAAUUUUAUUAAACGAUAAAAAUAUACAUAAUAAAAAUGAAAAAGAUGAUAAAAAAAAUUUUAAAAUAGAAAGCAUUAAUGAUGAUUACAAUAAUGGACAGAAAAAAUCUUAUAAUUGUAAUUUUAAUAAAAAUAUAUUUCCAGAAAAUAUUAAAGGUUCUAUAAAGUAUGAAAAUGUUAGUUUUUCAUACAAUAAUUUUGACGAAAAUAAAAAGGAGGUUUUAAAAAAUAUAAAUUUUGAAAUUAAUGAAAAUGAAAAGGUUGCGAUAAUAGGAAAGAGUGGAUCAGGGAAAUCUACAUUGUGGAAAUUAUUAACUAGAGAAUAUGAAUACGAAGGGAAUAUUUAUAUAGACAAUUAUAAUAUAAAAGAUAUAAACGAAACUUAUUUUAAAAAAAACGUUUUGUCAAUUAGUGAACAAGAAUGCAGUAUUUUGAAUAGAUCUUUAUAUGAAAAUUUAAUUUAUGGAUUACUACCUGUAAAAAUACAAGACGAAAAGAAAACUUUCAAAAUAAUUUUUGAGAAUAUUGAUUCCAGUAAAUCUCUAUACGAAAAAAUUCUUACGAAUUCCAUGGAAGAUAAAAAAGAGACUAAUAAAUCUUUAGAUACUUUAACAGAUAAAAAUAAAAUUUCUUUAAUUCUACAAAAUUGUGAUUUAAAUGAAUCUAAUUAUGAGUAUCUUCGAGAAAAAUUUAAUUCUUAUUUAAAAUCAUCUAUAGAAGAAAAAAAUUUUUUCAGUGAAAAAGAAAAAGAAUUUAUUAAUGAAAAAGUACAAGACAUAGUUAAAAAUAUUCACUGUAAAAAUAAAAAUAGCUGUAACACCAAUAAAAUAAUCGUAAACAAUACAGUUGAUACAGAUUAUAAUAUCAAUAAUUAUACAUUUUUAAAGGAUUACAAAAAUAAAUUAAAUACAAUAAAUUCAUCAGUCAAUGUAUUAUGUGAGGAAUUAGAUUUAAUUAAUUUUAUUAACACACUUCCUCAAAAUUUUCAUACAGAAAUUCGUCAUAAUUCAAUGUCUUCUGGUCAAAAACAAAGAAUUUCAAUUAUUCGUUCAUUAAUGAAAGACACACCCAUAUAUGUUUUUGAUGAAAUUACAUCAUUUUUAGAUGAAUCAAAUACGGAAAAAGUAUACACACUUAUUAAUACGUUAAUACCGAAUAAAACCAUAAUUUAUAUUACUCAUUCAAUACAACUUUUAAAAGAAAUGGAUAAAAUUAUUAUUGUUGAUAAUGGAGAAAUAAAAUCAAUAGGAUCAUAUGAUGAAGUAAAAAAAGAUCCAUUAUUCUUAGAUAUUUUUUCAAUGAAUAGUAAUAAAACAUAA